GUCUGCUGUCCAUCUCAGUCAGUCAGCUCUUCAGCAGCCUCUGAAUCACAGACACCACCGACUCUACGCGGAUUUAGCUCCAGAAAAACGCGUCCCCUGCAACCACAACCUCGAUAUCCAAUAGCCGUCUGUGUCGUUCUAAAGAAAAGAUCGUGAUAAAUUAAAAACUGGCCGGCUAGAAGCAGAAAAGAGGCGUCUGCGCACAUCAGCAGCCGUUAGCGGGCUGAGCUAGCUGCAUCGCGCGACGCAUCUCGCCCGCGAGACGUCGGGCUGAAUAACUGUGCGCUUUAUUGUCCUCAUCCACAUCAAUUAAACUGAACGGUACAUCAGAAUCGCAGCGGGUUCGGCGGAGCUGUCCGGCUCUUGCUCACACUGCAGGCCUGGGUGUGGGUGCGGAGAAUGCUAAAGGAUGAGUCAGAGGGACACCCUGGUUCAUCUGUUUGCUGGAGGCUGUGGUGGCACUGUAGGUGCAAUACUGACAUGUCCUUUGGAGGUGGUGAAGACGAGGCUGCAGUCUUCUUCGGUGACUCUUUACAUCUCUGAGGUUCAGCUCAGCACUGUGAAUGGUGCCAGUGUGGCCCGCAUGUCCCCACCGGGGCCUCUGCACUGUCUCAAGUUAAUACUGGAGAAAGAAGGUCCUCGCUCACUCUUUAGGGGGCUGGGGCCCAACUUGGUGGGAGUGGCUCCAUCCAGAGCAAUUUAUUUUGCUGCCUACUCCACAGCCAAAGAGAAGCUGAACAAUGUUUUUGAUCCUGACUCCACACAGGUGCACAUGCUGUCCGCUGGUUUAGCAGGGUUCACUGCCAUUACAGCAACCAACCCGAUCUGGCUUAUAAAGACUCGAUUGCAGCUUGAUGCCAGGAACCGUGGAGAACGGCGCAUGAGUGCAUUUGAGUGUGUGCGGCGGGUCUAUCAGUCAGAUGGGUUACGGGGAUUCUACAGAGGCAUGUCUGCUUCUUAUGCUGGCAUAUCAGAGACUGUCAUCCACUUUGUCAUCUAUGAAAGCAUUAAACGCAAACUCAUUGAGUCCAAGGCCAACGCUAACAUGGAUGACGAAGAUGAAUCUGUAAAAGAUGCUUCGGACUUUGUUGGAAUGAUGCUGGCUGCUGCCACAUCCAAGACUUGCGCCACCUCAAUUGCUUAUCCUCACGAGGUUAUUCGUACCAGACUACGUGAGGAGGGCAGCAAGUAUCGUUCGUUCUUCCAAACUCUAAAUAUGGUGUUCCGGGAGGAGGGUUACAGAGCACUGUACCGAGGCCUCACAACUCAUCUGGUCCGACAGAUUCCUAACACUGCUAUAAUGAUGUGCACCUAUGAGCUGGUGGUCUACCUGCUCAAUGGUUAACAGAUGGAGAGAGAACAAGAAAGAGAGGGAGAGAGACCGAGCGAGAGAGACGAACAGGGUGAGAAAGCAAAAGCUAAAUGGAGACCGAGAGAGAGAGAUUGUCCCAGGCUUAGACCAAAGGAAGAAGAACAAGUCCUAGAAACGCAUUGUCAACCCCGACCCCCAAAAGGGGGCUAUAGACUCUGAGAAACAGAGGGAUUCGAGCCUGUCAGACUGGAGAGAGUUUCAAAAAAGUAUGAGCGAUGGUGAACAGAUACGCUAAAGCGGUCUGUCCGUUUCUUUCAAAAUGUUUUACGAAAAGUCCUUUUUGAAAGGACAAUCAAAGAGGAGAAUGCUUGAAGAAAAAACAAAAGCCUGAAUUGGCUGGGGAAAAAAAAAGCUCUUUCAAAAAUCAUUUUAUCUGAGCCAUUGUUUUAACAGAAGAAAAACAAACCCGUCAAGAUCUAAAAUGGCUGAAGGUCUUUGAAGAAAAAGAAGCACAAGUGUUUUUCAGAUGUGGCAUAUUAGCACUACUGUAAAGGAUGUUUUUCUUAUUUCACCAUUUCAUAAAGAUGACGUUUUGUCUUUCCAGAGUUUAAUUCAAGCAUUCUCCUCUAGAGGUCACCUUCCACUCUUUCCAAACUGGCAGAUGGUUGUCUGCGCACAAAUGUCCAUUUGCUGUCGUUAAAUUGACGGUCACGUGAUCUGUGGCCCCUCAUGUGCUUCAAACUGAAGUGUUUCUUUGUUAGGUUCAUGUCAAGUUUAACCAUACUUAUUUUGUGUGUUUUUUCGAUGAUCAUACCAUUGUCCUAAUAUCAGUAUAGUGUAUACUUUGGGGUGGUAUUUUUGAAUUGGAAGAUUUUGUCCUGCUUGCGUCACUGGGCCUAUUUGAACUGAGAUGGAGCGUUCUCGAGUUUAUCGCCACCGUUGACUGCUGCAAAGCCUCUACUUGAAUCCCAGGUGUCCGAUGGCUAAAUGGUAGUGGCUAAUGCUAUCCCUGAGCAUGUUGCCUACAAACAACAUGCCACGUCAUGACGAUAUUAUUCGUCAUAAGGCAAUAGUCAUUUUUCCACUUUUGAGUGGGAAUACAAGCUGCAGAAUUGUUCCCACCUUACAGAUUUCUCUAACAGUGGCUUCUGACUGACCGUUUAUGCACUUUGUGGCCUGUCUAGGCUUGCGCAAAACUUUUUUUUUUUUUUUUUCUGUUUGGAACAAUUUUGAUCUUGUAUUGUAAAAAACAUAGUAUUACUAUGUAAGCAAGACAAUGUUUUGCUGAACAGUUCCCUUUGGAAGUUAUUGUACAGUUCAGUGUACUAUAGUUUUAGUGAAGGAUAUUCUUGUAUGUGUAUAUACUGUAUGUAUGCAUAUCAAAUAUCCAGUGUUCAUAACUUAAGUCCUCUGAUUAUGCAGUAGUAUUAUUUGAAUGACUGCAUUUGUUUGAUAGAUUUAUCACAGAAGGAUGUUGUGAAACUCAUUUGGUUGAAUGUUAAUGAUUUUUUUUAUGCAUUUUAUAAAAUUUUGUUUAUCACUCCUCAUUCUGGCCCUGGACUCUUUGCUUGAAAAGGAGUCAUAAUUUUAUUUUAUUUUUUUCUUUCCAGGUUUUUUCAUCUCGCUUGUUUGUUUACAUUACUGUUCACACCCUCAUGAUAUGAAGGAUCUCAAACUGUUCAUGUUGGUGAUUUAGAUGUUAUCCACAUCAUUUCCACAGACAGUUUGUUACCAACAUGUUGGCUUAAACUGAUAAUUUAAGUUAAUUAUAUUAAACCUCAUGUUGGUAGAUCCCAUACAGAGCCUCUAAUGGUCCUGUAAGUAUCUUUUGAAUGUGUUUUUUUUUUUUUUUUUUUUUUUUUUUU